AUGGCAAAACAAGAGAUUAUUGUAGAAAAAAUUUACUUUGGUCCACCUGUGGCAGCGUUCACGAUAUCUGGCAUCGCACCGAAAAAGACUGUGGUAACAGAGUUCGAAGAAUGUGGCGAGAGGGAAAUCGAUCUAGCAUUUAUUGUUGACUCGUCUGGAAGUAUCGGGUCAUCUGACUUCCGGUUAAUGCGCAAAUUUCUGGUGAACUUCCUUGAUGAUAAUGCAAUCAACACUGGCUCUGUUAAGGUAGCGCUUGUAUCAUUCUCGUCGUACUCAAAAGUCGAAUUUUACUUCAAUAGUCACGACAAUAAGGAAGAUAUUCAAAAGGCGAUAAAACAAAUGACCUAUAUGAGCAGAGCUACAAACAUAACAGGAUCACUGCGCCUGACGAGAUUGGACAUUUUCAAUGAAGAUUACGGAGAUAGACCAGAUGUUAAUGAUUUAGUCAUAAUAGCAACUGAUGGGGAAUCGAACAUAGAAAAAGGCAUACAAAUGAAGAGGGAAUUAAGGAAGUGGAAGGGACCCAACACUAAACAAACACAAAUAUACGGACUUGGCAUUGGCCCAGCUUUUGCGAAACCAGAAAAUCAAAAGGAACUGCGAAAUAUUGUUACAGAUGGUUUGAAUGACGACACCAAUCUUGACUUUGUAGAGUCGUACGAGGCUCUGGAUAAGCUAAGGGAUGACAUAUUUAAAAAGAUAUGUAAAGGGUGUUUGUUUAACGGCUGCAUGGAUUGGGGAUCAGAGAAAAUGGAUGGCUGUAAUAGAUACAAAUGCUUAAGGAAGAGUGAAUGCCUGGACGAGGACAGAACAGUUUGUCUUGACUUUGAUGUCAAACUCACCAAUGUCGGGUGUUUGGUAAAAGGGACUUGUCGCGAUGAAGAUGCCUCAUGGACAUGUAACACGACAUGUGAUGCUUACACAUGUAAGCGAGGAAAGGAUAAGGACGGUAAACCUAUUGGUGAAGUUGAAACCUCAGAUUCGGGAUGUUUGGAUCCGGAUGGCGUGUGCAGGGAUAUUGGCUAUAAAUACAGUACUCAUUGCAUCGGGUUCAAAUGUGAUCGAGUCGAGGGUCCUGAUGGAUCUGUUGUGAAGUUUGUUACCUUUGAAGCCGAGUGUGACUUUGAGGGUAAAUGCUACGAGAUCGAUACGCAAUGGGAAGAUGAAGACUCAUGCACCAAAUAUAGAUGUUUCUUCAAUGAAAAAAACAAAAAGGCUGUCGUCAGGGAAAGAGUAGCAGGCUGUAAGCUCGACACGGAAUGUGUGCCUAAAGGAGGGGCUAUUGGAAAAGCCAAAUGUAUUGAAUACGAGUGCAAUUCCAAAGGAGGUUUUGACUUGAUAGCCGCAGGAUGCCCGGUUCAAGGAGAAUGUAAGCCCCUUAACUCCACAUGGCGAAUGGAAGGAGUUUGUGCUCAAUUUUAUUGCCGCGAAGGAGAAUAUGAAGACGGUUACAUAACAACGAUGAAGAUUAAAGAAGUCGAAUGUCAUGAUUUCCAAGGAAAUUGCAUGAAAGAAGGCGAAACAACUGUAGAUAAUUGUCUGACGUAUGAAUGUGGACCAGACGGCCAAUUGAAGAGGGUCAAUUCAGAGUGCAAGUACAAAGGAUCGUGCUACGCAAUAGGGAGAAAAUGGGAAGAUAAAGACACAUGCAAGGAAUACAGGUGCAAUGCCGAUGAGACCGAGGGGGCUGUGUAUUUUGGAGUAACCAAUGGAUGCGUAGACUCGAAUGGAGUCUGUUACGAACCGGGUGAGUCGCGAAAACUGGAGGGAUCCUGCAUCACUGAGAUUUGCGGUGUUGAUCACGUUUUAAGAGCCAACCUGUGUGAAUACAAAACUACGUGCUACGAAAUCGAUCAAGAUUGGACAGAUUAUGACGACUGCCUGACAUUCUUCUGUAAAGAAGACCCUGUUACAGCCACAGCUGUCAUGGAAGAAAUUCCAUACGGUUGCCUAUUUCAGAAGAAAUGUUACGCUCCCGGAGAUCGUAUCAAGAAGAAGUGUGAGACAUUCGAAUGUAUGUCUGACGGAAGAGGUUUCUAUCCUGUAGACGAGGAAUGUCCAUGGGAAGACGGGUGCAAACCAGUUGGAUCCAAAUGGUUCAGUAAGGACGAAUGUGUUAAAUAUGGCUGUGUUGAAAACGAAGAUGGAGUGUCCGUCGAGAAACUAAUUCAUGGAUGUGAGGACGCAUACAGAGAGAGAUGCUGGAGGAGUGGCGCCAAGAUCGAAGGCGACAAUGGUUGUAUCGAGUUUAAAUGUGUUAAUGGCACAAUGGAACCUACAUCUAUCGGCUGUCCCCAUGGUGACACGUGUAUGAAAGUUGGUGAGGUGAUUGAUGACGAGAAGGCCUGCAUCCGGUAUCAAUGUGUAGUCGUUGAACAAGGAGCCGGUUUCAUCAAAACACUAAAGAAGGAGAGGGCUGGAUGUGAAUUCAGAGGAAGUUGCAAGUUCUUGAACUCUAAGUGGCAACACGACAAAAAAUGUCUGACGUUCUCUUGCAUCAGAAAGAAUGACGCUGAAAUACCAAAAGUUAAAAGAGAUCUAUGGGGUUGCAGGGACGAGCAAGGAAGAUGUCAUGAAUUUGGAACACUGAAAAAGAUUAACAAUUGUGUAACUUACGAAUGUGAAAGAAGGAGAGGGUAUGGUGCUAAGUUCUUCCCUAAGGACGUUGGUUGUCAAUUCCGUAAAAAGUGCAAAGCUGUAAAUGAGGAUUGGAUUCACAGAAAUAAGUGUGUUAAACAGACAUGCGUGUACUCCGAGGGAUCCGAUCUACCGGAAAUUCAGAGUUCACCAUACGGCUGUAGGACUGGAGGAAGGUGCUAUCCUUUCGGGGAUCGUAUCACGGAUGAGGAAAAUGAAUGCGUAAAGUACGAAUGCACCAAAUACGAAAUAUUUUCACCUGUUGAAAAAGGAUGUAUGUACAAAGGUGGAUGUAAGAGCGACCGUGCAAGGUGGGUAGAUAGGACAUUGUGCAUCCGCUACAAGUGUAAAUCAGAAUAUAUCAGUCCCUCACAGCUCAUCAUGCACACGUCGGAGCAACAAGGUUGUAAGGAUUUUGACGGGAAGUGUAUGUGGCCAGGAGAUACGACCGUUAAAGAUUGCACGACCUACUUAUGUGAUCCAACAAGGAAUACACUCGUAAUUGUCAAAGAAGAUUGUCAAGACGGAGAUAUAUGCAGACCCCUUAACUCUACAUGGUUUGACCCGGAGUCCUGCACAGAUUUCAGAUGUAUAUAUUCACCAGUUAUGAAGGAUAUCAUUAUUGAUGCAAAGACAACAGGUUGCAAGAAUGACGAUGGUCGGUGUUUCAAGAAGGGUGAGAAGAAGGAAGAAGAAUGCAACAAAUUCCUAUGUAACCAAAAUUCAAAAUUUAAGCCCGUUGAAGUAGGAUGCAAAUGGAGAAAGAAAUGCUACAAAGUUGGCGAGUCAUGGGAGAAAAACUGUGUUGUGUACACAUGUGAACUUGUUUCAAAAGGAAUCAACUUUGUGGAAACACAUGUAAAUGCUUCUCAUGGCUGUAUUUGUGACGGUGGUGGCUGUUUUAAGCCUGGUGAUAAGCGUUCGGAAGGCUGUCUACAGUACGUCUGUCGGGAAGGUGGAGAGUUCGAGAUAUCCAAAUUCGCAUGUACAACUCCAGAAGGGUGUUUGAAACCUGGGGAGUUUUAUUUGGACAAGAAAGAAUGCGUGGAAUACACAUGUAGCAGAAAAACUAGAUCACUUGAGCCAGUGAACCGAAGUUGCAAGUGGAAAGGAGAAUGUAAAGAGCGAGAUGCCAAAUGGUUUGAUCAAGAAAAGUGUCAGGGAUAUAGAUGUGCCUACAGCCCAGAAGACAACGACGUCAAAGUUGUAGAGAGAACUGCAGGAUGUCGAGACGAUGAAGGUCAAUGUAAGAGAUCAGGAACGCGACUUGUUACAGACAACGAAUGUGUGAAGUUCAAGUGCGUGAAUGGAGAUUUCAUACCGACAGAGAUUGGGUGCGAAUGGGAUGGAAAGUGUGCUCCUAAGGGCUCUUCGUGGCUGGAAGAUUGCGUUCAAUACACAUGUCAAAUUGAAGAACAAGGACCCACCUUUAUAGAAACCACAGUAGUAGCACACCAUGGCUGCCAUGACUGUUCGGGGACGUGUUAUAUGCCGGGCGAAGUCGUAAACCAGGGAUGCUUAAAAAGACAGUGUAUGUGGGGCGGCUUCUUCCAAAAUGUAGAAGUCGGUUGCAUGUCAAAAACGGGAGAGUGUGUUGCUAUUGGCGAAACAGUUGACUAUGGCGUACGAAAGCAGGUUUGUGGAGACGACGGAUAUCUAACGCCAGUUGAUCCACCUACUGGAUGUUAUGAUGCCAACUUUGAAUUCUACCCAAUUGGGGAUUAUAUGAAACAAGGUUGUGAGACGUUUCAGUGUCAACAGCGUGGCUUCAUGGCUAACUUCUACCUGAUAGAAAAAGGAUGUCUUUACAAGGGCAAGUGUCACAAUGUGGGAGAUAAUUGGUCAGAAUAUGACACGUGUCGAUUCUUUUAUUGUACGUCCCAACAAAGUAGCGUUGGAGUGGUGGAGUCAAUUGUCAAAGAGAUGGACGGAUGUUGGGACAAUAGCAAUGAGAAAUGUAGAGAACCCGAAUUGAAAUGGUAUGAAGGCUGUUUUGAAAAGCAAUGCAUCGUGACGAAAACAAAGAACAACAAAGUGAUGAAAAAGAUUGUGUUACUGUCUGGUGGAUGUGAACAGACGAUUGACGACAUGAAAAUUUGCCAUGAACCCGGCGAGAUUUGGAGCGAGAUUCGGGAAGACAUGUGUGUACAGAUACAGUGUCAGGUCAGGAAGAACGUGUACAAAUCUAAAAUAAUAAAACCAUUAUGCAGGGAUAUCAACGGAAACUGCCAUGAAGUCGGGGAUAUUGGUUUUGAUGCCAUGGUUAAUGGUAAAGUCCUUCGCGACUGUAAAUGCAGACUUAAACAAAGACAACUCAACUAUAUCUGUAAAGGAUAAAUCCUAACGAAGUUCUCUCCUAUAAUCAACAAAGCACUGCAACAUUUUGUCUCAGUAUCGUACUAUACACAUGUAACUCUUUCAAUAAAUGUUAUUCUGUA